UGGGGUCUCGUUAUAGCUUGAAACCUCCAUACCAAGAAAUCCACCGGCCUGCAAUCGAGCCAUUGGAUGCUGAUGCUUCUUCUUCUUCCUCCUUCUCUUCCUGCAUAUUCAUCUUUACCCUCUACACUGGUUAAUUCACCGCAGAACAUCAUCUCCCCAGUCCUCGCUCAUCUCGAAUCCCCCCCAGCUUCAUCAUCCUACUAACCGGCGCUCGAAGCUCUCCCUAUAACGAGAUUCUCAACCUCCGUCGCCCGUCAUGGCCGACGUUCGAGCCCUUCUCCGCCAACAGCGAGCAGCCCGGCGCAUCAACCACCCACACGCCAUCUACUCCGACGCCGGCAAGCUCCUCUGCACGCUCUGCCGCGACCAGAUCCGAGCCGAGGCGCAUUGGGACGCCCACCUCCUGAGCGAGAAACACAAGAAGCUGCUCGCCGUCACUUUGCAGAAAGCCAAUGGCGAGGAUAAUCAGGACGAGGCUGAGGCUGAGGCUGAGGCUGAAACUGGUGAAGAUGCCAGAGUGGCAGACGACGCAACGUCCACCACCUCUCAGAAGCGGAAGCUGGACGAUGCCAUGGGCACAGACGAGGAAGAUGUGGACAUGGACCAGGAUGACGACGAGGCGCGCAGGAAACGGAGCCGGCCCGAAGCGCAAUCCGAGAAGCCAGCCUCGGUUUCAGAUCCGUCUCGUAAAAAGUCCGUCAUGCCGUCGCACGGCGUCGAAGUCCAGAUCCCUUCACGAUCCUCAACGCCCAUCCACCACCGCGAGCACUCCUCCUCCUCCUCCGUACACUCCCAGCCCACCGGUGGCCCAACAGCAGCAGCAGCAACAGCAGCCAUAACAACCUCAACGAUAACAACCUCCCUCCCCUCCCGCCAAGCCAGCAAUCUCGCCACACCAGCAUCCUCCUCCUCCAUGAUGAGCGUCCAAUACACAAAUCCUCAACCCUCCACCACAGCCCCUGCCGCUACAACAUCAACAACGGCUACAACAGCACAACCAGCACAAGCCCAACAAGUCGACGAAGACGAGUGGGCCGCCUUCGAAGCCGACAUCGCCGCCACCACAGCCGCCGAAACCGCCUACGACGACGCCGUGAUAUCCCGUCCCGCCAUGACGGCCGAAGAAUCCGCCGCUGCCAAGGAAGCCGCCGCCGCCGAAGCAGAAGCGAGCCAGAACCCAGAGUCCCGCAAAUCCAAGGCUGACGUGGACAUUGAGGACGAGCGCGAGGAAGCCACCCGCGCGCUGGAGGAGGAGUUUGAGGAGAUGCAGGAGCUGGAGGCGCGAGUUCAGCGGCUAAAGGAGAAGCGAGAGGCGCUGCUGCGCAACCGGAGAGAGAGCCUAGUAGAGCCACCCAUUGCUGCGGCGAUGGAUAUUCCUGAACCUCAGGAGGCAGCAAAGCCUGCACAAGACGCGCAAGACGAUGAGGCAAAAGAGAAUGUCAAGGCUGCCGAGCAUGUCGACGAUACAGAGGUUGAUGAUGAUGAUGACGAUGAAGACGAAGACGACUGGGAUGGCUUCCGCUUCCGAACAGGGCGGUAAGCAACAAGUGAAUGAAACAGAACUUCACGGUGGGCGCUGGCGCAAUAUGAAUGCAUAAAGCCAUGAUGAUCUUGUUUUUCCUUCUCUCUUUGUUUCUUGUCAUGCUCUUCACAUCAUAUUUAAGAACCAACUAAUAAUGCAUGGACUCGGCGUAUAAGUAUUGAAUAGAUGCCUGCAUCCACUUAUUCUCAUAGCUAAAAGCAGUCAAUAGGCAGUAAAACUGCUCUACAUAUGAACAUAUAUAUAUAUCUAUGUAUAUGUAUAUAUAGAUAGCUAUAACCACAACUCAGGUAGCAAUUUCAA